UCAGAGUGGCAUCAACAGAGGUCAUCAAACGAAGCUGAACUUAACGUUUAGAUGCAAUAACUCCACGCACAAGACGGGGACUGUCAUUUAGACUCGGUUUACUGGUGGGGACGCAUGGCUCAUCUUUAUCUGAUGCUGCGUAAAAGUUGACCGUGGAAACGCGCUCGGAAGAAAUCGCAUCAGAGGAUACCGCUCAGUGAGAUUUUCCUGCCACUACAUAAACUGUAUUGAGCACUUGCGCUUGUUUAUACGAGGAGGCGAGAACUCUUGAUCCGGGACAGACCUGCUUCUCAUCCAAAUGGAUGCGCAAUGAUGGAUUAAUCGCUUUUCACACACGGCGCCCUGCUAAACUCCCCCUGAGGAUUUUACACCAGCAACCUUUACCUGAAUUAUCCUCUCAAGAUGUCAUCGGAGUAUUUGAUAAGGUCACUGCUUAUGCUCUUUCUAGCACUCUUCUCCGCCAAUGCGAGCAACUGGCUAUACCUGGCGAAGCUGUCAUCGGUGGGGAGCAUCUCAGAUGAAGAAACCUGUGAGAAGCUCAGAGGACUCAUCCAGAGGCAGGUUCAGAUCUGCAAGCGUAACGUGGAGGUGAUGGACGCGGUCCGCAGGGGAGCUCAGCUCGCCAUCGACGAGUGCCAGUUUCAGUUCCGCAACAGACGCUGGAACUGCUCGACGCUAGAGAGUGUUCCUGUGUUUGGAAAAGUGGUCACACAAGGUACACGGGAAGCUGCAUUCGUGUAUGCCAUAUCGGCUGCAAGCGUAGCCUUCGCAGUGACAAGAGCCUGCAGCAGCGGGGAGCUGGACAAGUGCGGCUGCGACCGCAAUGUGCACGGUGUCAGUCCAGAAGGUUUCCAAUGGUCAGGAUGCUCUGAUAACAUUGCAUACGGGGUUGCUUUUUCCCAGUCCUUUGUGGACAUCAGAGAACGAAGUAAAGGACAGUCCUCCAACAGAGCCUUAAUGAACCUUCACAACAAUGAGGCGGGGAGAAAGGCAAUUCUCAACAACAUGCGAGUGGAAUGUAAGUGCCACGGCGUGUCGGGCUCCUGCGAGGUGAAAACCUGCUGGAAAGCAAUGCCGCCGUUCCGCAAAGUGGGCAACAUCAUCAAGGAGAAAUUCGACGGCGCUACAGAAGUGGAGCUGCGCAAAGUGGGCACCACCAAGGUCCUGGUUCCGCGAAACUCGCAGUUCAAGCCGCACACAGAUGAAGAUUUGGUGUACCUGGACCCGAGCCCAGACUUCUGCGAACACGACCCCAGAACUCCGGGCAUACUGGGAACCGCGGGCCGCUUUUGCAACAAGACCUCGAAGGCCAUCGACGGCUGCGAGCUCAUGUGCUGCGGUCGAGGAUUCCACACGGAGGAGGUGGAGGUGGUCGACCGCUGCAGCUGCAAGUUCCACUGGUGCUGCUACGUCAAGUGCAAACAGUGCCGCAAGAUGGUCGAGAUGCACACGUGUCGGUGAUCCCGAUCGCAGAACUUGCCCUCACCGCUUCCCUACAUGCCCAGGGAAACUAGACAAAUUCCCAAGCAUUUCAUGCGACGAUAGAGGAACAUGUCAUACAUGAGACUUUAAAAUAUAGGGGCGAAUAUAGCCGAGGUCCCAAUUGAGAGUAUUUUUCUCUCUCCUCGUUCUGUUUUUAAUUGUGGUUGCUCUCUUAUUUUUAUAUAUAAAUAUAUAUAUAUCUAUUUUAACUUAUUGCAAUCGAAUAGAGAGUGAAUUUUUAAUGUGACGCGCACCAGAGGAGUGCCAUUGGGAUCGGGGCACAUGAAUAUGGAGAAAGGUCAACGCCUUUUCAUCGUUAAUGCUGCUUUAGGGUUUCAUCUUGAAAGAUGGACGUCGGACUGAGACACUACGUGCUGAGAUGCAGUCCAGGUGUACAUGUACUUUCCAUACUCGUGGCCAUUCGUCCUGUGAUGCUGCUUGAAUUCAAGAAUCACUCACCAAUACGUACGGCGAGGCCUGCUUUACUAGGGACGCGAACCGACUCCGAACAAGAAACAUAAGUGUUAGCAAGCUGUUCAAAGUCGCUAGUUAACUAGCUGGUGCUGAGCUGAAACCAUGCAUCUGGCGCGAAACUGACAAACAUAAAUUGUUUACCCGCUCGGGGUGCUUGGACCAUGGAUUUUGUGCACGAUGAUUCUAGCACUUUUCCUCUCCAGACGCACAUACCGCAAAUAAACAAAUCCCCCAGCAUUCCCCGCUCCAUUAGUCAGACCGAGUGACUGAUUUAUUUAUGUACGAUACCAUAACUCCAAGCUUUUCUAUAGUAAAACUUGCUAUCCAGUAUGCUUUUAAAAGAAACAUAGGUUUGUAAAGACUUAUACACUGAAGAGGACUAUAUUUCAUAUGAAUGUAUGUUAAAUUGAAAUAUAUGCCGUGUCAAAGACUUACAUGAUUGUGAUUGUGUUUAUUUAGUUAAAUGUUCUUGCAAAUGGUGAUUCAUUGAAGUAUGCCAUCCGUAGUUAAACAACCUCCUCAACAAGACCAUGCUGAACAACAUUAACCCUACUUGGUGGC